UGAUGUACGAAGAGAAUAGUUACAUAGUAAUGGACAAAAAAUGGAAUAUGUUGGAUGAACUGUUCUCGCUUCAUGGUCGCAGUUACAUUGGUUCAAAGAAAAGUAGCUCGAGCCCUUUAAAAAUCUCCCACAAUGCUCUGCUGGGUGAGGCGCCACGCCCCUUCUUCCGGGUUUUCCAGUCCGCCUCCACGUGAAUAAUGUCAGCAGAGCAAAUAACUAUGAAUGGAGAUGAAGACGAGGAAUUCCGUGCCUUUGAGGCUCUCCAUGCCGGGGCCCUGAGGUCUUCAAGAAUCCCCCCGAUCUACUGGAGGAGUCUACAUCACAAAAUCACCAACGAGAUUUACGAUGCUGGGGAAGUUUUUGGAAUCAUGCAGAUCCAACAAGAAGAGGAAGAGGACGAAGAGGAGGAAAAUGAAGUGAAUGAGGAGGACAAGAAGGACAAUCCCGGAGCGGUAAUCCGCCAUAAAGUGGUCGUCACCCGGGACAGUGGGCUGCAAGCCUCGGAGCCGACCAGUGUUUUCCUGGUGGAUCAUGCCUGGACGUACCGUGUGGAUCAUGCCCGUCAGCAGCUGGAGCAGAUCCCAGGCCUGCUGUCCAGGAUGGCCUCCCUCAUGGGGGUGGACUUCCACGGCGAGGCCCCAGACCCAGACACGGUGGAGCUGGUGAUGGAGCGCAUGUGGAAGUACAACCAGACUUAUCACAUCUCUCAGGGGUCAGCAGAGGAGAAGGUUCCAGUGUGGUACAUCAUGGAUGAGUUCGGCUCCCAGGUACAGCACUCUGACCAGCCCAGCUGUGGCAUGGCUCCCUUCUUCUACAUACAAGGCCAACUGGCCUAUACCAUACUCUGGCCUGUGCGGGACCUACAGGAAGGAGAUGAAGUAACCCGAGAUUAUACCUAUGGAGAGACAAACCCCCUUGUGAGGCAAUGCCGCCUGUUACCAUGGAUCCCUGCUGAUCUCGAAGGGGUCAGCAGUGCCACCGCAGAACCUCUGGACUCAUACUACGAGACCAUUGCACAGGAAAACAAGGAGCAGCUUCCUGUGGAUGUCCAACCCUACACUGUGCCCAAAGACAAAAUCCUCAAGGUUUACUCUGAAAUGUCACAAGUAACAAACAACCUGACACACCCACAGUUCCAGCUGACUGAGGACAAGGAGGAGGCUGAUAUUAUUUGGGGUUAUGAUCACAUCAAAGACUACAGGAAACUAAGCGAGGAGCGACCUCAUGUGAUGCUUAAUCAAUUUCCCUGUGAGAGCAUCGUUACUGUGAAGGACUGCCUGGCUGCUGUGGCCCGCAGAGCGAAGGGUGGGCCGGGACCUGAUUGGCUACCAGAGACCUUCAACCUCCAGACAGAGCUGCCACAGUUCGUCAAGAAUUAUCAACUGCGACAACAACGCGGACAGGAUAACCACUGGAUCUGUAAGCCCUGGAACUUAGCGCGUGGACUGGACACACACAUCACCAACAACCUUGACUACAUAAUCAGACAGAGAGAGAGUACGCCAAAGGUGGUGUGUAAGUACAUUGAAGAUCCGGUGCUAUUCAACAGGGAAGAGGUGGGAAUGGUGAAGUUUGACAUUCGCUACAUGCUGAUGUUGCACUCUGUGCAGCCUCUGCGUCUUUACGCCUACAAUGUCUUCUGGUUGCGCUUUGCUAACAGACCUUUCUCCUUGAACCAUUUCGACGAUUACCAAAAGCACUUCACUGUCAUGAACUAUGCGGAUGGUGUAGAGCUUAAGCAGGUGCACUAUGAUGAGUUCAUCCCCAUGUUUGAGAAGCAAUACCCACAGUAUCCAUGGAAGGAGGUGGAAGCAGAGUUGUUUAAAGCCUUCAAGGAGCUUUUCCAGGCAGCCUCAUCUCGACCUGCUCCUUAUGGUAUUUGUGCCUAUCCGUCAUCCCGGGCAAUAUAUGCCGUAGACCUCAUGCUGAAGUGGAGUACAAGGGAAAAUGGUGAGCGGGUCAUGCAGCCUCAGAUCCUGGAGGUGAACUUCAGCCCAGACUGCACUCGGGCCUGCCUGUACCACCCGUCCUUCUACAACCACAUGUUCCAGACACUGUUCCUGGAUCAGCCCGAUCAGUGCCCAGUCACACAGAUUGUAUAACUGACCCAAGACCAGCACUAGACAGUGUGUUUGGAGUUGUGUGUUUUUUUUUUAUUCGUAGAGAUAAACAAUUAUGUUUAUUUAAGU